AUGUACUCACACCAUAUCUUACCACUCGGAAUUUCCCUCCUUUUGACUAUUCCUACCAUUAAAGCCCAGUAUUUCCUCGCAGCCACGUACGAUGCGGCCAAUUUCUUUGAUGACUUUACAUUCUUCACCGCGGCUGAUCCAACAGAAGGAUAUGUUAUAUAUGAACCACUCGCCGCUGCUGAAGAGGCCGGUCUGGUAUCGACAGCAAAUAAUCAGGUAUAUUUAGGAGUGGAUCAUACAACACUCAAUCCGAGCGGAGGACGCGAGAGCGUCCGAUUAAGUAGUAACCAGGCAUGGAGUAAAGGCGUUUUUAUCGCAGAUAUUGAACAUAUGCCUGCUGGAACCUGUGGGAUAUGGCCUGCAUUCUGGAUGUUUGGUCCGAAUUGGCCAAAUUCAGGAGAAAUUGAUAUCAUCGAGGGAGUCAAUCUUGGAACAACUGAUACAAUAACACUCCACACCGCCGCAGGUUGUACAGUCAGCAACGUAAAUUCGCAGAGUGGAACGACCACCCUGACGACGAACUGUAAUCAAGACAAUGCGGGCACAGGAUGUAGUGUUAGUACAUCGAACAACCUGAAUUAUGGUACAGGUUUUAAUUCAAUUGGCGGUGGCGUAUAUGCGAUGCAAUGGGCUAGCACUGGCAUUUACGUCUGGUUCUGGCCUCGAGAUUCCAUCCCAGCGGAUAUUACUGCCAAUGACAUUGACGUCAGUUCCUGGGGAACUCCUUUAGCAACUUUCACUGGUAGUGGUUGUGAUUUUGAUACGUCCUUCGCAAAUCAAAACAUAGUAUUCGACACAACAUUCUGUGGAAAUUGGGCGGGAAGUGUCUGGUCUUCGGGAUCUUGUGCUAGUGCGGCAUCCACUUGCGAUGCUUAUGUUGCGCAGAAUCCGAGUGCCUUCAGUAAUGCAUACUGGUUGGUCAAUUAUGUUCAGGUCUGGCAAUAA